CCCAAGAGUAGCAUGUCGUUGAGGGUCAUCGCCAUGCGGGCCAUCGCCAUAAGCUUCGUGUGGUCAUUUCUAGCCAUACUCAUGACCUCCACGGCGACCGCUAGCGACAAGCCCGCACUGCUUGCUUUGAAAGUGCAGGUCAGCCAUGGCGGCUCGCUGGCUUCCUGGAACAGCAGCGUGGGCUUCUGCAGCUGGCGAGGCGUGGUGUGUAGCCAGCGGAGGCCAAUGCGGGUGGUGGCUCUAACAUUGAAUGGCACCGGCCUUGCCGGACGACUCUCGCCCGCCAUCGGGAACCUCACAUUCUUGCGGAUGCUCAACCUGAGAUCCAACUCGUUCCAUGGGGGCAUUCCGGCUAGCCUUGGCCGCCUCCGCCGCCUGCGGUGGCUCUACUUGGACACGAACUCCUUCUCGGGCACAAUCCCUGUGAACCUGAGCGCCUGCAUCAGCAUGAUCAAAAUGAGACUGGACAACAACACGCUUGCCGGGCCCAUCCUGGUUGAGCUCGGCGAGAAGCUAACAUCCCUAGAAAUGAUCACACUGAGAAACAACAGCUUCACAGGGCCCAUCCCGACAUCAUUGGCGAAUCUGUCCCAUCUACAAGCCGUGUCCCUCGCCGAUAACCAGCUCGUGGGCUCAAUCCCACCAGGGCUCGGCAACAUCCAGAGCAUGCGAUAUUUCGGUCUCUUCAACAACCUCCUCAGUGGUAUGCUCCCACCUUCUAUCUACAACUGGUCAUUGCUGGAAGCAUUUGAUGUAGGGCAAAACAUGUUGUCCGGAAGCAUUCCGGAUGAUAUAGGAAGCAAGUUCCCCAAGUUGAGAUAUCAUGGCUUGGGUGGUAAUCACUUUACAGGGACCAUGCCUUAUUCAAUAUCUAACAUGUCUUCCCUUGUAAGACUUAACCUCGUGCAGAAUAACUUUAGUGGGUACGUGCCUCGCACGUUGGGGAAGCUGGGAGCUCUUCAAGAAGUGAAUUUGGCAGUCAAUAAGCUUGAAGCCAAUGACAACAAGGGGUGGGAAUUCAUUACUUCUCUGGCAAACUGCAGCCAACUACUGCGACUGUCAUUGAACUUCACUUCUUUUGGAGGACAACUACCGGGUACAAUUGUGAACCUCUCAACGACUCUGCAGACCUUAAGCUUAAGUAGCAAUAUGAUCUCAGGGAUUAUUCCUGCAGACAUAGGCAAUCUGGUUGGUCUGGAAACACUUGGGAUAGCGGUCAAUUCCAUAUCUGGAGUGAUUCCAGAGGGCAUUGGUAAGCUAGAGAAUUUGAUUGAGCUAUUAUUGUACAAUACUAGCUUGUCUGGCCUCAUACCAUCGUCGCUAGGGAACCUUACGAAGUUAAAUACGCUUGCUGCACGUAAUGCAAACUUGGAGGGGCCAAUUCCAGCAAGCCUGGGGGAUUUGAAAAAUCUCUAUGCACUUGAUUUGUCGAAGAAUUACCAUCUUAAUGGUUCAAUACCAAAAGAGAUUUUCCAAUUAAUUAGCCUAUCCUGGUAUUUGGACUUGUCAUACAAUUCCCUUUCUGGACCCCUCCCUAAUGAAGUUGGUAACUUGGGAAACCUUAACCAACUGAGUCUAUCAGGAAACCAGUUGUCCGGAAAGGUACCUGCAGAUAGUAUUCAGAAUUGCAUAGUUUUGGAACAGAUAUUCUUAGACAACAAUUUCUUUGAGGGAAGCAUACCUCGGUCACUGACAAAUAUAAAGGGGCUCAGUAUAUUGAACCUAGACAUGAAUAACUUCUCUGGUAAUAUUCCUAAGGCCCUUGGUAGCAUUGGAAGCCUGCGGGAAUUGUACCUAGCACAUAACAACUUGUCAGGGACAAUACCAUUAGUACUACAUAAUUUGACAUCAUUGUACAAAUUGGAUAUAUCCUUCAAUAAUCUGCAAGGCCAGGUUCCAAGGGAAGGUGUUUUCAGAAACAUCACUUACUGAGCAGUUGCUGGCAAUGUCAAUUUAUGUGGUGGUACACCUCAACUUCACUUGGCUCCAUGCUCCAUAAGGAAGAGCAAAAAAAAGAUGUCAAAGUAUCUUCUAAUUUCUCUAGCAACCUCUGGAGCAAUCAUGUUCUCUCUAUCAGUUAUUUUUCUUGUUUGGAUAUUGUGCAAGAAACUCAAACCAAGCCAAAAGAUAUUAGCGCAAAAUUCAAUUGUAGAUGACUGGUACGAGAGAAUCCCCUAUCAUGCAUUACUGAGGGGAACUGACGGAUUUUUAGAAGUCAACUUGGUUGGGAGAGGAAGUUAUGGUGCGGUUUAUAAGUGUGUUUUGGAGACUAAAGAAAGAAUAUUGGCUGUCAAGGUGUUUAAUCUUGAUCAAUCUAGGUAUUCCAAUAGUUUUGAGGCUGAAUGUGAGGCCAUGAGAAGCAUACGACACCGAUGUCUCAUUAAGGUCAUUACUUCUUGUUCGAGCGUCAACCACCAAGGUCAAGAGUUCAAGGCAUUGGUUUUUGAGUUCAUGCCCAACGGUAACUUGGAUGGCUGGCUUCAUCCAAAAUCUCAAGAAGCCACUACAAACAACACACUCGGCCUUGCCCAGAGGCUUGAUAUUGCUGUCGAUAUUGUGGACGCAGUAGAAUAUUUGCACAACUACUGUCAGCCAUUGGUAAUCCACUGUGAUCUCAAGCCAAGCAACACUCUUCUUGCUGAAGACCUGAGUGCCCGAGUUGGAGACUUUGGCAUAUCAAGGAUCCUUCAAGAAAAUACAAGUGAGGGGAUGCAAACGUCAUAUGGCUCAACUGGACUUAGAGGUUCCAUAGGCUAUGUUGCUCCAGAGUACGGAGAAGGCUGUGCUGUCUCAACUGCUGGUGAUAUUUAUAGUCUUGGCAUAUUGCUGCUUGAGAUGUUUACGGGAAGAAGCCCAACAGAAGGCACGUUCGGAGAUUCGUUGGGUCUGCAUAAGUUUCUCGAGGAUGCUCUUCCAGAUCGAACCUUGGAGAUAGCUGACCCGACAAUGUGGUUGCACAGCGGAGAAAACAAUAACACUAUAAGUAUUAGAAUUCAAGAGUUAUUGGUUUCAGUGUUGAGACUUGGCAUAUCCUGCUCAAAGCAACAUCCUCGUGACCGAGCACUGACAAGAGAUGCAACAGCGGAGAUGCAUGCAAUCAGAGAUGCAUACCUCAAGUUCAUAGGGGAGCAUGGAGCAGAACCAGAAGCCUCGACUCAAGAAAUUCAGAGCAGCAUUGCAUUAACAAGUUGGUACAAGACAUGAUCCUGCAUACUAAAAAAAUUAUGUGUCAUUUCAGUUAGUAAUUGUUCUCAGAGCUAUGUCUGUUGCUUUACAACUGUAUCAAAUAAAUACAAAACCAUGGUGUUGUGCAAUAAUAGCACAACAGCAAGUUGUAGGUUGAUUCAUAAAUCAGGCAGUGUAAUUGUUUUCCCAUUAUCAAAACUGUACACAUAGGGGCAACAUUAUUACUUCAUGCUUCAGUAGACCUGAAGUUGCAGAGAGUUUCAUUUUUUUUCCUUAUUUUUAUCAUUCCUCGCUUUUGUAAGCAAAACAAUCCGAUUUUAUUUGUUUAUAUCCGAAACAAAGUGCUCACAAACAUAUUUUCCUUUGCGAACAAGCUUUCUUCCUUCAUUAUAAUUAAGUAGUAAUAAGGUAGUACAACCUAGAGCGCUUGGUUUCUGUAUUCAGAAUUGGUAUAUCCUGUCUUUAGGUAGUACAAUCAGACUUUUUGUUGUAGAGUACGUACGGUCCAUGUGCACAAACAAACUAAUGCGCAUUUGAGAGCACAGGCAAUCUGUCUAAAAUCUGAUUCUCAAUAGGAGAAAAGGAUAUCUGCCAAUAAAAUAAACAGA